ACUCUUGACGACUUGAAGGAGAUGUUACGUAAAAAUAAGGCCAAUGGGGAAGAUAUAACGAGUAUCAAACAAUUUUCUUCCGAUGAUAAGGUUUUUAGUCAUUGCAUAGAUGAUAUAAUUUUAAAAUUAUCUAAUCUGGAAACCAUGACUGAUGCCAAUGAGGCCACGCGCUUUUUGCAAAAAGAUAUUUCAGGUGAAGAUGCGACAGGCCGAGUAGACUACAUAAUCAAAAGUCUCGAAGAGCUCCUUUGUAUCACCGAAGGGAAACCUCGCAAUAUUAAAUUGGAUAUCCAAAAUUUGGCACAGCUUGAAAGUACAUUUCAGACAAAUAAAAAGAAACGAACUGUGGAUCAAGCAUUUGGGAACAACUAUUUGAUUACAUCUAUGAUAUUGUGA